AACUCACAACUUGAAAAACUAAACAUUUUAUAACUUCAAUAUUUUUCGGCAGUCAGAGCGUUUUGAAUAAAGUGCGGAAAACGGAGAUUAAUAAUGCCUUUAAAGGAUUGGGAAUUAUCUGGAGUGAGUGAUUUAUUACAGGAGGAAGAUAUCCCCGUUCUUAUGCAGUUGGCAAGGAAUAUCACAAAAAAUAUAACUGAUAUAGACUCCAGACAAAAGGCCUUGGAUUAUAUACGUGUUCACAGCGAGGAUUUGUCGACUUUAUUAAAUAAAAGAAUUAUAACGAAAGAAAUUCUUUUCAAGUAUCUACAUAAAAAAAAAGUCGCGGUAACCGUGGAUUUCACUAAACAUAAUCUAGUCAAAAAAGUUAUAAAUUAUUGGAUUAAGGAGUUUGAAAAAACUUUACAAACAAAUGAUUUCUGUGCUCUUACAGAAGAAACUUCGCCUAGCACCAGCACUCAACAGCCAAAAAGCACUCCAAAAUUUAUUCCCACAGUGGCUGAAUGUGAAUUUCCUAUUCAUACACUUGCAAGAAAAUUCACAGAGUGGUUUUUUGAUCUAUACAAUAAAAACUCUCUCAAGAUGGAAGAUUUUUGGUCCGACGCAAGUAUGCUAUUAAAAAUUUUAGUUGGCGAGGAUUGCAAUGCAAAUGAAUGUCAGGAUUCUACCUCCUUGCUACACAUUCUCUCUGAAGCAAAAAAUCAAUUUGGAUUCUUUUACAAUCCAAAUUUAUCGCAUGGCGGGGUACAGGGACGUAUGGAUAUACAUGGGAUGGUUUUAGUAUUGGCUUGUGGCACUCUGCACAGUCAGCACGGAUGCGUAGGAGUGUUUGAAUGUGUGUUCGGCUUAUUGCGCGAUCCAUUUGCCGGCAAUAAUUGGAAAGCGAAGAGUAUUCAAUUAUGGUUGCGAAGCAAAGAUGCCCCCAGUAUACCGUCCUUAGAAGGUAGUGACAGCUUAAGAGAAAUUUUAGCUUUACCAGUGCCGCAAGUACCUCAAGAUGAAUUAACAUAAUGAUUGCAUCUAAAUAAAAAAACAAUUUCUCUUU